CUGGUGCUUGUAGCAUUCCAAUUGAUCUGAUCGACAACACCUAAGCCUCCACACCAAUCACCAAUCACUUACAGCCGCAUAGGAGGAACACUGACAACAGUCUCCUAUCUCGGAUAUCUAGGAUGUAUGGAUGCGAGAGUGCUAUCUCUUCCUAUUACAGAUAUUGAUAUAUGUUAUUGAUUCCCGAUAUAAUUCGUUCCUAACCGUCGCCGUUCUCUAUUUCCCCUCGAAGGCCCUCGAAGAUCCUCCUAUACACCCUAGCUAUCAAAUUACAUUGCCAACGCCAACGCCAACACAACUGUUCGAGUUUAUAAAUUCGCCAUGGAUUCGGCUACUGCCACGAGCGUGGAAACGGAUACGGGGACAGCUCCGCUUCGACGGGUCGGCGCCGCGAGCGGGACUAAUGGUAACGCCACGGUCUCGAAUGGGGAAACAAACAGGGAGAAAAAGACAUUUGCGUUCAAAAAGUAUAGGCAUGUGACUGCGGUCCACUCCGAAUCGAGACCUUCCACCCUAAGCCAUGACGCGAGAGCCCCUCCUAGCUUUCUAGGGUUUAGGAACCUGAUGGUUAUCGUACUUGUGGUGGGAAAUCUGCGAUUGGUGAUCGAGAACAUGCAAAAGUAUGGUAACCUAAUAUGUCUAACGUGCCACGACUUCCGGCGGAAAGAUAUCAUUCUUGGCUUCCUACUAUAUAUACUAGUACCUUGCCAUCUAUUUAUCGCAUAUUCGUUCGAAUGGUACGCUGCCAAGCAGGCACGCAUCUCGCUCGAUCAAUAUGUUAGCAAAGGAGGAUCAUCGAGCCCGACAGAAGACCAGCAAGCCAAAUUUGAGUCUAAAUGGAGGAGUAUCCGUAGGGCUCAUCUUUUCAACGCGACUCUGGCUCUAGCUAUCCACAGUUGGGUCGUCUACUUCCAUAUAUUCCACCCUUUGAUCGGAACUAUCACAGAGCUUCAUGUUAUCAUCGUUUACAUGAAGGUUGUAUCGUACGCUCUCACAAAUAGAGAUUUGCGACACGCGUACCUGCACCCAGUUAAAGGCGAAUUGGCUCUGUUGCCUGAGCUAUACACUCAGUGCCCAUAUCCCGAGAAUAUCACUAUGGACAAUUUGGUUUACUUCUGGUGGGCGCCAACGCUGGUAUACCAGCCGGUGUAUCCUCGAUCGGAGAAUAUCAGAUGGUUAUUUGUCUUGAAGAGACUUGGCGAAGUUGUUUGCCUGAGCGUCUUCAUAUGGUUUUGCAGUGCGCAAUAUGCUGCUCCGGUCCUAUGGAAUUCGCUGGACAAGAUCGACCAUUUGGAUCUAAUUUCGAUUGUCGAACGACUCCUAAAGCUUUCUACCAUCUCGCUUAUCAUCUGGUUGGCAGGUUUCUUUGCCCUGUUCCAGUCAGCUCUGAACGCAUUGGCCGAGGUCAUGCGGUUUGGCGACCGUGCCUUCUAUGACGACUGGUGGAACUCAGCUGGGCUAGGGGACUAUUGGCGAUUAUGGAACAAACCUGUCUACCAAUUCAUGAAGAGGCACAUCUUCUCGCCUCUAAUAGGUAGGGGUUGGAGUAUGAGGUUGGCUAGCAUUGCUGUAUUUUUCGUCUCAGCCGUGUUGCACGAGCUGCUUGUUGGAAUACCCACUAAAAAUAUCAUUGGUGUUGCAUUUAUGGGAAUGCUCGUUCAGAUCCCGCUAAUCUGGGUCACUCGGGUCUUCGAGAGAAUGCAGGGACCCAAUGGUAGGCUCAUCGGAAACUGCAUCUUUUGGGUCUCCUUCACAGUCCUCGGACAGCCCUUCGCUGCGUUGGUGUAUUUUUACGCCUGGCAAGCUAAAUACGGUUCCGUAGCUAAGAAGAUGGCGUCCAACCAAUCGACAGUAGCCUUUGGUUAAGCAAUACUCAAAAUAAACAGGAUACGAAUUAUGCGGUUUGGGAAUCGAAAAGGAGGGAAAGGUGUUUCUGAGUCGUUUUCAUUAAUUGCCCUCCUGGAUACCCGAAACGGUGUCUCGGGGGAGCCGGUUCGUAAUAUCGAUAAAGCAUAGAUGAGCAAUCUUGAGAGUAAACGAUUACUCGAGCGGCCUCUAAUAAUAGUCAUGUUUCUCUACUUCAUAUAACUACCUAGAUAUGUAUAAUGUACAUGGCAUCAGAA